AUGCAGAUGAUGGCAUUUAAACAAAGAGGAAUAACUCCUUGCUGCUCACCUGAACCUUCCAAUCUUAACACCAUGUGCUACUACAGCAAUUACUAUCGCAGCCUGGGCUGUGGCUAUGGCUGUGGCUAUGGCUGUGGCUAUGGCUGUGGCUAUGGCUGUGGCUAUGGCUGUGGCUAUGGCUGUGGCUAUGGCUGUGGCUAUGGCUGUGGCUAUGGCUGUGGCUAUGGCUGUGGCUAUGGCUGUGGCUAUGGCUGUGGCUAUGGCUGUGGCUAUGGCUGUGGCUAUGGCUGUGGCUAUGGCUGUGGCUAUGGCUGUGGCUAUGGCUGUGGCUAUGGCUGUGGCUAUGGCUGUGGCUAUGGCUGUGGCUAUGGCUGUGGCUAUGGCUGUGGCUAUGGCUGUGGCUAUGGCUGUGGCUAUGGCUGUGGCUAUGGCUGUGGCUAUGGCUGUGGCUAUGGCUGUGGCUAUGGCUGUGGCUAUGGCUGUGGCUAUGGCUGUGGCUAUGGCAGAUAUAGAUAUGGCUGGUGCCGCCCAUCUUACUGUGGCAGAUACUGA